ACUUUGACCCUCGUUCCGCCAAAAAAGUUCACUCCUACGACCAUCCGCCAAUUCGAUUGCCUGGUGAGCGCCAACAUCAUCAGAAACCGCAAUCAUGGGUAUUUCGCGUGACUCUCGACACAAGCGCUCCGCCUCCGGUGCCAAGCGUGCCUACUACAGGAAGAAGCGCGCUUUCGAGGCUGGUCGCCAGGGUGCCAACACCCGUAUUGGCCCCAAGCGCGUCCACACCGUCCGAACCCGAGGUGGUAACCACAAGUACCGUGCCCUCCGUCUCGACUCCGGUAACUUCGCCUGGGGUUCCGAGGGCCUGACCCGCAAGACCCGUGUCAUUGCCGUCGCCUACCACCCUUCCAACAACGAGUUGGUCCGAACCAACACCCUCACCAAGAGCGCCGUCGUCCAGGUUGAUGCCGCUCCCUUCCGACAGUGGUACGAGGCCCACUACGGCCAGGCCAUUGGCCGAAGACGCCAGAAGGCCCAGGCUGCCAAGGAGGGCAAGACCGAGGAGGAGGUCAAGAAGUCCAACGCCGUCGAGAAGAAGCAGGCUGCUCGCAUGUCUGCCGGCGGCAAGGUCGAGAGCGCCAUCGAGAAGCAGUUCGAGGCCGGUCGAUUGUACGCCGUUGUUUCCAGCCGACCCGGUCAGUCCGGCCGUGUCGAUGGUUACAUCCUGGAGGGUGAGGAGCUCGCUUUCUACCAGCGCAAGCUCCACAAGUAAGCUUGUCAUUAAAACCUGAUGAAGAAAGGAGUGUUGGCCCCAUGGUAUGGUGUUUAAGGAUUUCUCACUGUCUCACGGUUAACGACAGAAUGAGGUUAACAUAACGCAUCGGGAUGGGUCCUUAAGGAAAGGAAUAAAAAAUCUUCUUGCGCUGAAUUUAAUGUCAUGAUCAAG